AUGUCGGAUUCGGAUGUCUGCCCAGACACUGCAGGUGAAGGUAUGAAAAGCUCGUGGCCUGAGUUGGUGGGGAAAAGAGGAGAAGAAGCAAAAGAGAUAAUUGAUAGAGAGAAUACGAAAGUGAAGGCUAAGAUUAUAUCUGAAGGCGCUAUUAUUUUUCCAGUUAUAGUUUGUGAAAGGGUUUAUGUUUUUGUCAAUGACUGUGGCAUUGUGACAAAAACCCCAUCCGUCGGCUAA